AUGGAUUCUUCGCCGCUAGAACAGGCUUAUACUUUCAGCUUAAAAGCUGACACAGAAGUCCAAAAUCGUCAAUAUCAAAAGGCCUCAGAGUUUUAUACUCAAGCAGUAGAAAAAUAUAAUGAAGCACUGAAACUGACAGUUAGUCCUGAGGCUUUGAGAACCAUUAAUCUUUUAAAGGCUCAAGCUGAAGAAAAUGCUAGAUUCUUAGGAGAUGAAAAAAAUACAUCUUCUUUACCACAAAUACAUCUUCAAUCUCAGGCUACUCCAACAAUCUUGCCUUUACCUCAUACUGGAUCAUCUCCAUACUUAUCUACAUUAUCCACAUUAAGCAAUUCACCGUCUUCUUCGCCACUACUUUCAUUUUUGCCACAGCAAAAUUCACCACUUUCUUCGCCACAAUCUUCUUAUUCAAUAUAUAAUAAUAACAAUUCAUCACCUGUAAGUUCGGAACAUCUGACAUCAUCUUUAGCGUCUGCUCGAGGAAGAAAAUCAUCUAGCAAUGUUGGUAAUCCUCCAGGUUCCAAUACUAUAAAGGGAACAGCCAGUCUCCCCCCGUCUCAUAAUCACCAUCAUAAUUACCAUACAUCAUUAAAUUCUAAUCGAAAAAUUAGUACGAUAUCAGAAGAAGAGUCAAGUCCUACUGAUGGUUCCGAAGUAUCAUUGGAAAAUAAUACCAGUAAUCACAACAGCGCUGUGUCGCAUGAAGGAGACCCUUUCUUUAAAUUUUAUUCGACAAUGACAACAGUUGUCAAAAAAACAUAUACCCAAACAAGAGAUAUAUCUAAAGUAAAAAACAAAUUUGCAAAACAACACAGUCAGUCAACAUCUCCAAACCUACGUUCACAUUCACCUUCUCAAGUUUUAAAGAAUUUGAAUAGUCCAAGUAUUGCUACCAAAGGAAGUUACAAUGGGUCUAUUCUUUCAAAUUCGUCAUCAUCUUCUUCUUCUUCGACAUCUAGUUUAAGUGCUUCUAUCAAUCCUAAUGAUAGCUAUUAUGUUGUUUCUAAAGCUAAAUUAAAUAGCAAAACAACCAGCACCAAUUCAAGCACUGAAAAUAAGAAUACUGGGGCUACAGGAAAUCAUCAUAGUAGCUACGACAAUAUCACCCAAGAAGACCUAGUUAAUGAAAAUAUGGAUCUUCAUGAGCAACUGGUAGAAACAAAAAUGGCUUUAGAUGCUUACUAUGAGACAUUUGAACGCCAAAAAGAAAUAUUAAAAUCUAGUCUUGGGCAGCUUAGGGCAGAUAUUCAAUCUCAAGAUCGAAAAAGAAACAGAGAAAUAAAACUACAAAUUGAAAAUCUUGAAAAUGAAAAUGGGAAUUUAAGAUCUCAGCUUGCCAAUUUAAAAAGUAAAAUGGAUGGCAUGAGAAAAAUUUAG